AUGAACAAGGAGAAGACUGUAUCCUUUGCGCCACUUCAGCUACGGACUGGAGCUUUGCCGAUGAUGGUAGUCGAUAAUGGCAUGCAACGUGGGAUGUCGGGGUCCUGGUAUGCCGCGCUGAGCAAUUUCGUGGAGCUGCUGGACCCAAUAGCGUCUCAGGUGCAUGCGUACCGGCGUCCAUCGAACGAGAAGAUCAAGACUCAGGACCGGGACAAGCGGCUACACUUUCGGCACCGGUUCAAUAGGUCGCGGGGCGACCUGACGCCGCAGCUGGAGGCGUUCAAGCGCAAAACGCUACAGAAGAUCCUGGCGAUGGACAAGCCGCUGCAGUCGAUCUUCUUCCACAACAGCUCUGCACUGGAUAAGGCAUUCUACACGUUCACGCUGGGAAACAUUUUUGCGAUUGGGUUCAUGCUGGGCAAGUUUCCGGAGCUGUUCCACGUGUACUACACGUUGACGCUUACUGUGCUGAUGUUUGGGCGCUUCUACACAUACUACAAAACGAACAACCACUACUUUCUGGCGGAUCUCUGCUACUUCGUGAACGGGCUGUGCCUGAUCUACAUAUGGGUGCUGCCCCAGUCGGUACAUCUGUACCAGACCUGCUUUGCGUUUUCGUUUGGGACGCUGUCUUUUGCGGUGAUCACUUGGCGCAACUCGCUGGUCAUCCACUCGCUGGACAAGAUCACAUCGUGUUUCAUCCACAUCAGCCCGCCGUUGACGAUGUAUGCGAUACGCCACCUUGUGGACGAGAGCCACAAGGUGCGGCGGUUCCCCGCCGCGUCAAAGGCCAUGUCGCCGUCCUGGAUCCUGACCACCAACGUGCUGUACACCUCUGUCUACUACCUGAUAUGGCAGUCGCUGUACCACUACUUUAUCACCCUCAGGAAGCAAGAAAAGAUAAAGGCAGGAGAGAGGAUGACUAGCUUUGAAUACCUGACCACUCACAACUUCAAGGACUUGUGGGUUCUCAAGCUGCCUGCCCCUUGGCCGAUGGUCCUCUAUACGCUCUUCCAAUACCUUUACCAACUCUCAACUAUGAUCCUCUGCGUGCUCUGGUUCAAGUACAAGUAUGCUGCAAGUAUGUUUUUGGGAAUGAUCUUCCUAAUUGCUAGUAGAAAUGGAGCCAGCUAUUACAUUGACUACUAUGGCAAACGGUUUGAGAAGGAGGUACGACAGUUAAAGACCGAAGUGGAAUCGCUGACUCAGCAGUUGACUGAGAAGUACCCAGCAGUGACACCUGGCUCCGAGGCGUUUGAGGACAGCGAUUUGCCCGCCGAUGUCUCCUCAGACACCGAGGGCUCAUGCUGGGAGACUGAUGUGCUGGCUGACGCCGAAUGA